UGCGGAAGAUCACGGCUGUGCCCUGUGGUGCUGUCAGCAGUGACACAUCCCAGAUGGGGCCGCUACUGUAUAGCAGAUUGAGUUUCUCAGCAGAAAACUCACCCUUCCUCCUAAACGUCUUCAAAAACCUUCUCCAGAUACUGCAGGUCGCUUCGUGUGAAACUGAAAACGUCCAACCCCAAGUUGGUUUUGAGUGCUUGUGUGUAUGUUAGAAUUUUUUUUCCCCUUCCUCUUCUUUUUUUCCCUGCACUUCCUCCUCUGCUGAGCAUCUCCGACUGGCAAGGGUACGCGGCUGCUGGCGGAGUCGAUGGGGAGGGCCUGGGGGCUAGCGUUCGCCCGACUCACAGCGCCAAGCCGACUACACAGCCCCGAAGGCAAGCCGGACCAAAAGCCAAAAUGAAAUUUACAGCACUUGCUGUCAUUGCUGGACUAACUCUGCUGCUGGGAGUCCAAGCCAUGCCAGCAAAUCGCCUUUCUUGCUACAGAAAGAUACUACAAGAUCGCGACUGUCACAACCUUCCAGAAGGAGUAGCUGACCUGGCAAGGAUUGACGUAGACGUGCAGGAUCACUUCUGGGCUGGGACGGAAUGUGAGAUGAUGUGCUACUGCAAUUUCAGCGAGUUGCUAUGCUGCCCCAAAGAUGUCUUCUUUGGGCCAAAGAUCUCGUUUGUGAUUCCUUGCAACAGUCACUGAGAAUCUUCAUGUUUUCGGGAGAAUGCCGUCUCUGACUUCCCCAAACUGUACUACAUCAGCCUCACUGUAUUUCCAGCUUCUA